AGUAUUUCCGGUCGUGUUGCGACGUUUUUGCACGUCAGAAGCUAUACCGCACGGCUUAGGUUCAGCCCGAGAAUUUUCAGUUGGGGGAGGAGAGGAAAGAGGAGGGUGGAUGGUGCCUUUGCUGCUGAGGUGGAGGCAAUUCAGCAUGAGCACCUGGGAGUCCGGGAAGGCGCUGGGGGUGCCCACGGUUCUCCUUUCCAAUGGCUUAAAUAUCCCCGUGUUGGGGUUGGGAACAUCCCAUCAAGGUGGCUACUCCCAUGAUGCUGUGGUGUACGCCCUUCAAAAAUGUGGCAUUCGUCAUAUCGACACUGCAAAGAGAUAUGGCUGCGAAUCAUUCCUGCAGAAGGCUAUCGAGAAGAGUGGGGUAAAGCGGGAAGAUCUCUGGAUAACUACCAAGCUCUGGCAUACAGACUAUGGCUACGAGAAUACUAAACAGGCUUGUGUAGAGUCCUGCAAAAGGCUUGGCGUUGAAUAUCUAGAUCUUUACUUGGUGCAUUGGCCUGAUGCACAUGUGCCUGGUAGAAGCAAUAGAGAGGUCAGGGCAGAGACCUGGCGAGCCAUGGAGGAGCUGUAUGAGAAAGGUUUCUGCCGAUCUAUUGGAGUAAGCAACUUUCUCAUAGAUCAUUUGGAGCAGCUGAAGGAAGAUUGCCAAGUAAUCCCACAUGUAAAUCAGGUUGAAUAUCACCCUUUCCAAAGGCCUCAAGAAUUAGUGGAUUACUGCAGGAGCAGGAAUAUUGUUUUCGAAGGCUACUGCCCACUAGCUAAAGGUGAAGCUCUUCAUCACCCUACAAUAGUUCAGUUGGCAAAGAAAUAUGGCAGAACUCCUGCACAAAUCUGUAUCCGCUGGAGUAUACAGAAUGGCAUUGUCACUAUUCCAAAGUCUACAAAACCAGAGAGGAUCCAGGAAAAUUGUCAGGUCUUUGAUUUUUCACUAGUGGAAGAUGAUGUUGCAAUUCUAAAUGGAAUGCAUGAUGGGAGACAUGUUUCCUGGGAUCCAGCCUCAGUGGUUUAAAUGCAAGGAUGACAAAAAUGAAAAAACUCCCCAGCAAGAGUUCUUCAGCUGAUACUGCUUAUCUGGCUCUCACCUUCAAAAGAUGCCCCAGAGAUUUGGGCAAACUUUUCUUGAGUUGCUUGAGAAGAAUAAUGAAUCUGAUGGGAUACAAGAGAACUCUAGAAAGUAUCCAUCCCUCACUGUUUGCAGAAGUCCUUGGUCUAAGGUCGUUUCUAACUGGAUUCCUGCAAAUGCUGAAAAUUUACUUCCCACUCAGGUCGAGCAGGUGGAAUGACUCUUCCAGUCAGGCGAAAAAGUGUGGGUCAAUGGGUAAUGGUGUUUUGCUGGAACACUGGAUUCCAAAAUUGCCUUUUGAUAUGGACGAAGCCUUCCACCUUGGUUUGGCAUCCCUCCUAUGACUGCAUGUGUGGGAAAGAAGAAUCGGUUUUAAGAAAUGCUUCAUGCUGAAUAGCUCUUUGUUGGAGGGGCUUUUCAUCAUGAUCAUGUAUUAUUUGAAAAGAUAAAGAAUAAAUGCUAGACACCGUACAUAAACAGAAGAGACAGGUCCCUGACUCACAGUUGAAAAAUGUGGAACAAACUAUGAAGUGUGAUUCUCAGGAAAGGGAAACUGUGAGAACUGGAAGAAAUUGAACAUGGGGGUGGGGAAGCAUUAAACUAUAAAAUAAUUAACCAAGUAAUAGAGAACAACAGAAGUAAAACAGCAUUGCCUCUGUUUAUAUAAAAUGACAAUCCAUUGGUUGCCCAGUGAGACAUGCAAACUCAGGUGGCUGGGUUGUUAGGGGCUAAACAUCCCAGCAGUUAACUCAGCAGCAAACCAUGGGUUAGCUGCUGGGUUGUAGUGCCUAAACAACACAGCGGUCUAGGUCCACAUAACUGCUCCUAGGGAACCCUGCUGUGCUUCCAUUCUGGACCACACACAAUAUCUUGGAUUAAAUCAUCUCUCUCAGAUGGAUGCAUUAACAUUUUAUUUCAUUUUGAGCCCAGCUAACUCUUUCCUGGGUUAAACACUGAUAUAUUCCAUCUGAAAAAAAGACCCAGAAACAUAUCUGAUUUAAUGCCCUCAAUGCUUAUGCUUUUUCUUCCCCAAAGAAAGACAUAGGGUCCCAUGCAAUGUGAGCUUGUAUCCAUCUGAACUUGGAGGACGAUGCAGUUGUAGAUGCAUGGAGGUGAAGAUUGUCUUGACAUGCCUUCUGUCCUCCAAAACCCUUACAUGGCCUAUUUCAGCUCAGCAUUUUACACUGGCUUGUCUGGGGAGGAAGUGGGGGCAACACCAGGUUUCCUCAUACAAUGGCACUGUCUUGCUUCUCCCCUCCUUGCUCCUGUCUCCCAUGCCAGCCCCAAGGUUGGUUUUGCAACCUGGAGCUACAGCUGGCAUAAAAAGGAACUUGUUGGGUGUGAGGGUGGAGGGAGGUUUCUCCGAAUAGAGUCCCAGGUCUACAGUGCUUCUUCAGUGUUAGAGCUGAGACUAUGAGUUAUCCUAUAGCUGCCUAGACAGUAUCUAGCAGCCAUAGGAUUGAACCAUUCAUUUAUUUCAAUUAAUACUAUUUUUUCUACUCAUCACAGAAUAUAAAUGCAGGACAUGAUGUUUACGGAAAUGAUUCAAUGCUAUAUUUAAAAAUGGGGUAAAAUUCUGGUGUCCAUGGGCAGCAGGUUAGGGAACCCUAUAAGCAGCAGCAUCUUGGAGACCCUUGCCAUACUCAGAUUCCUCACUGUCCAAUUUAAAAAGUUCCUUGGUUUGGAAGCAGACAUUAAGACACUAGCCUGGCAAAUGCCCUGAAAGUGUGUUUGCCUUCAUGUAUCCUGUACCUCUCCCAUCCCCUUCUCCAAGCCAAUUGUGAAGGUCAGGGAACAAGAGGUAGAUGUAACCUUCACUUGCCUCUGGUAGCUACAAGGUAGUGCUUGAUCUACUUUAGCAGGGCCAUGACUAUUCCAUCUGCAUAGUUGGGGAACUUGUAUGGUAGGGUGCCAUUGCUCAGGGAACCAGCUCAGGCAACCAAGGUUGGAUUUGGAUGCCAGGAAGUACUUCCUGACAAUUAGGACCCCUAGGGGAUG